UAUUUAUGAAGUUCAGCAGCCAUAUGAGAAAUUAGCCUCUGUAUUCACCGGGGUCCUCCCACCCCUCUGUCUUGUUCUCUAAUCCGCCCACAUGUAUCGUCUGAGGAAAAAAAUAGUGCAGAAGGUGACGCUCCUCCAAAGGAACAGAGAGAGAGGAGGCACAGGGAGGGAAAAGGCAAAGAGAGAGGUGUCUACAGGCUGCAUCUCCACUGAAACAUUUGGAAAAAGGGGGAGACAGAGGAAGAGCUUGAAUGGUAGCUACACCCUGCGCCUGGAAGCGUAGAGACACUGUAACAAAGGCUGGCAAUUCUCUUUCUUUUUUUUUUUCUUCCUUUUUUUUCAGGCAAUAACAAAGAGGUGGGAGAGGGGCUGUGAAAUCGAGGGAAAUAGCAAAAAAGAAAAGACAAAAAAAAGACAAAAAAAAAAAGACAAAAAAGAGGCAGUUUUCGGGGGGACUUCUGCUUCAUUUCAUCCGAAAAGACUCAUCCCGUUUUUCAUCAUCAGCAUGAUCAUAAGCUAUAACUAACAUUCGGCAAUAACGCUAUCCAAAACGAGAUUUCCAGCAAAACAGACGCGCGCAAUGCUAUUUUGAUUUAUUAAGAAAACAACAACAACAAAAAAAAUCUGAUCAACUGAAUGCCUGCGAGAAACUGGAUACUCUCUGAAAUCAUAAGAAAGAGCGAUCUAACAAAGAAAACUACCUUCUGAUUGAUCUUUUUAAAGCUUCAUGUGCGUGUUUCUGCGCGCACUCGAAACGAACCUGAACCAAAAGCAAACUCCUCAGACUCCUCCCUCCUCCUCCUCCUCCUCCCUUCGGUUUCUCUCAUCCUCUCCCUCCCCCCCGGUCCUCUAUGCUCAGUUCGGUGUGUGUAUCCUCUUUCAAAGGGCGCAAGGGUGGGAACAAGUCGUCCAACAAAGCAUGUUACAGCGCAGACAUGACUUGUCCGUCGGAAAGCGAGAAAAUCGUGAUAAACUGCGGGGGGGUGCGGCAUGAGACCUACCGGAGCACCCUAAAAACGUUGCCCGGUACCCGCCUGUCGUGGCUCACCGAGCCGGACGCAUUCAGCAACUUCGACUACGACCCCAAAUUAGACGAGUUCUUCUUCGACCGCCACCCGUCGGUGUUUUCCUUCAUCCUCAACUAUUACCGCACCGGGAAGUUGCACUGUCCCAACGAUGUGUGCGGCCCCCUGUUCGAAGAGGAGCUGGCCUUCUGGGGCAUCGAUGAGACGGACGUGGAGGCGUGUUGCUGGAUGAAUUACCGGCAGCAUCGGGAUGCGGAGGAGGCGCUGGACAGCUUCGAGACUCCGGAGCCGGACGCGCCGGACGACGACCCGGCGCUGGGCGGCGCGGACGGAGACUUGAAAAGACUGUGCAUGCAGGAGGACGCCAGGAAAGCGGGCUGGUGGAAAACCUGGCAGCCCAAAAUCUGGGCACUCUUUGAAGACCCCUAUUCCUCCAAAUAUGCCCGGUAUGUGGCAUUCGGCUCCCUAUUCUUCAUCCUCAUCUCCAUCUCCACUUUCUGCAUGGAGACGCACGAGGCCUUCAACACCAUCAUCAACAAGACAGAGAACGUCACAGUGGGCAACCAGACCCGCGAGGAGAUCGUAUACGAGGUGGUGACCGACAGCUGGUUGACGUAUGUGGAGGGCGUGUGUGUCAUCUGGUUCACCAUCGAGGUCUUGCUGCGAGUCACCUUCUGCCCAGACAAGCUUGAAUUCUUCAAAAGUACCCUCAACAUCAUCGACUUUGUCGCCAUCCUGCCCUUCUACCUGGAGGUUGGCUUGAGCGGUCUGUCCUCCAAAGCUGCCAAGGAUGUCCUGGGGUUCCUCCGUGUUGUCCGGUUCGUCCGUAUCCUCCGAAUCUUCAAGCUCACCCGUCACUUUGUGGGUCUCCGUGUCCUGGGCCACACCCUUCGCGCCAGCACCAACGAAUUCCUCCUGCUCAUCAUCUUCUUAGCUCUCGGCGUCCUCAUCUUUGCCACUAUGAUCUAUUACGCAGAGCGUAUUGGUGCAGACCCAGAUGACCCGACUGCCAGCGCCCACACCAACUUCAAGAACAUCCCCAUUGGAUUUUGGUGGGCCGUGGUGACCAUGACCACACUGGGUUACGGAGACAUGUAUCCGGAGACGUGGUCGGGGAUGCUGGUGGGCGCGCUGUGUGCCUUGGCUGGUGUGCUAACCAUUGCUAUGCCUGUACCUGUCAUUGUCAACAACUUCGGCAUGUACUACUCUCUGGCCAUGGCCAAACAAAAGCUGCCCAAAAAGAAGAACAAGCACAUCCCCCGAGCGCCACAACCAGGGUCCCCCAACUACUGCAAGCCGGAUGCCCUGGCAAUGGCGACCGCAUCACCGCAGAGGAUCUUGGGAAAUGUCUUGGGUGGAGUGAUGGGGUCCGGAGGCAUAGGGGGUGACUGUCCUCUCGCCCAAGAAGAAAUUAUAGAGAUCAACAGAGAUUCCAAGCAGAACGGUGACGCAGCCUCGGCCGCCUUGGCUAACGAGGACUGCCCCACCAUCGACCAGGUGCUGAGCCCAGACGAGAGGAGCCCCAUCGGGCGGGGGCCUACCCGGGAACGCUACCAGCAGGACCGAGCCUGCUUCCUGCUGAACACCAGGGAAUUCCGUGCCACAGAUGGGAAUGUGCGGAAAGCAACGGGCUACGAGAAAUCUCGCAGUCUAAAUAACAUAUCGGGAAUGGCUGGGUCAUCACUGCGGCUCGCUCCAAUCACUAGCCCACCCUUUGAGACCUAUGAGGCCCCAGGACCACUGCGCCGCUGCCGCUCCCCCAUCCCCUCAAUUUUGUAGCAGAAAGGAAAUGUGCAUGACUGGAUAAUAAGGGACGCAGUGGAUUAGGGAUGGACCGAUCACAUUGAAGCCUCCGUUUGCAUUGUACACCGUGCAAAUACAAUAGCAAUAACAUAAAAAUGAACUUGAAUGUAGAAAGAAUGACCUCUCGUCUUGUGUAUUCACCGGUUUAAGAUGCAUGCGUCGGGUUUAGCUGAUGGAGUUAAAUACAGAAUUUAGCUUUAAAGAUACACUUUAAGUUAUUAGAAGAAAUGUUAAAAAAAUACAUAAAAAUAAAAUAGUAUCACGGGUAUAAAAAAAAAAACAAUAAAUGAUAAAAACAUGUGCACAGUUGAAUUUUAAAACUUUAAAUGUUUAGAUGGACAUCAAGUUUUGUGUGUUCUGGAUCAAUCAAGCUCACAGAGAAACAACCAUCAAACGAGAUCCUUCAGUUCAUUUAGCCAAAGAUUUUAAAAAAAAAUCCAUUCAUAGACUAGAUUGAUGUUAAACAGGUUUCUACUUUCUGUCUUUUGGUGAAUAUUAAUGUAUGUACAGCGUAGAUAUCGUUUUGGUAAAUCUCUUUUUAAAAAACAAACAGACUCGGUCUCUGUGAGUCUUGGUAUUAAGACUUUGUUUUGUAUCCUGUUGUGUGACAUCAUUGGACACUUUCUGUUGACGGUUCACACAGACAAGCUAAGUGAUUUACAAAAGCAAACAAAGAAAAAGCUGAACGAAAAAUAAAAUAAUACAACCAUUGUACCAUAAAAGCUAACAUGCAUCACUUUCGUUGCAUUGCUGUUAGGAUCCCAUGUAUGCAACUGUUGCCUUACAGUGUGCAGUUAAAGGUCUAUUCAGUCAUUAUUACAUCUGUUGCUAGCACAUUAUUAUUAUUAUUAUAGUCAUCAUCGUUACCAUCUUAUCUGUAAUGAUAUCAAUCUAUAUUCUAAAACAAAACUGUUUCAUUUGAUGCCUCGAAAAGCAAUGUAGGAAUGUUAUUAAAUAUUUUCUUGCCACUUGUGCAGAGUUCCCACCAUGAUAACUCUGCUGUGAGGACAAAGGUUCAGUUUCACAAGAUUGCAUCUGGGCAUUACAGGGGGCAAGAUGAAGGUCGUGUGAUCAGCAGAGAUAGCCAAGCUUGCAUUAGGUUAUUAACCGUUUCCAGUAAGCUAGUAAACCGCAAGAUAAUGAUAUUUUUGGACAACAUCCAGGAUUGCUCUUAUAUGUUUGCGUGCAUCCCUCAGUGCUGAUUGUUACAACAAAUGGCUAAAUGGUAUCUGGCAGUGGCAGUAAGGUAUGUUUUUUAUUUUUUGUUGGCAUAUUUGCCUUUUGAGUGUUUCUUUUGCCCAGUUGAGCACUGACGUAUAGGAAGAGACAAGGGGAAUGACAUGCAGUAAAUUUCAGAAUUGAACCGGGGAGUAACUGCUCGAAGGCCUUUGCGACUCCCAUGUCAUCUGUACAGCAAAACGUUUUAAUAUUAAAUAGUUGAGAUUGACAUGACAAAUAUCAAAAACCUCAUGUUGACUCGCUGUCGUUACACUGUGACUCGUCAAAAGUUUUCACAAUAUCUAUAACGGGAUUCAGACGAGUCAAAACGACAGUCUGAGAUAUCAGGAAUUCAGUUUUGAUUAGUCAAAAUAACAGCUGCAGGCAUCUCAAAUGUCGUUAUUAGGGAUGUUAAUGAAAGACAGUGAACAUGUACGUCAGAGAAUGAAAUGUAGUUCGGCUGUAGUACCUGGUUGUUCCACCAGGUGGAGCCUCGUACUGUUUAACACUGCAGCAACCAGAGGAGGCCUCACUUGGACUACGGACAGUUCAGUGUUGGUAAACAGAGAGCAUUGUGGGAGUUUAGCUCGUAAUUUGGCACCACGACAAAGUCUCUUGUGACACUUAAUUUCACAUUACUGAUUAAAGUAUUAUUGAUUGAUAAUCUUUAUUCCGGCAGUUUCAGACCUCAAAACUAUAACAGCCUCGUUAGCUACAUGCUAACUGUGUUUCAUUUGAGAAAUAGUUUUUGUCAGAUUUAGUUUUCUCAUCUUCAGUUUAUAUUUUCUAUCUAAUGACAGUAAAUGACUGAGUGGACCUUUUGAGGAGAUCCUAAUGAGCGCAAACAUGUAAAUGAAAUACGUACUUGUACAAUUUUUAAAGAAAUGUGCAAUGUUUUUAGAAAGCAACUCAAAAACGAACUCGAAGGACUGAAGUACAACAAACGUACACAGUCAGAUGCAGACAACUGCAAUAUGAUAAUAAAUGAAUUAAUACAAAUACAAGCACUUUACUAACAAUCAAUUUAAAAAAAUAUUUACUAACCUUUAAAGCUUGCUUAUAGUCAUAAGAUAUGGAUUAUAUAACAAAAAUAGACUAAAGCCAUAAGAUCACCUCAUUAAACACGCCUCUUAAGCUUUUCUAAAUAUCUGUUUCACUUCACUCUUUAUUUUUUUACUAAUUCUAUUUUUUUCCCACAUUUAUUUUGUUUUAAAUGUUUAUCUAAAAAUACAAAUUAAAACCAUCAAAUGAAUCCGUUGGUUCAUCUUUGAAAGAAAAAAAAUGACAGUGGUUAUAAUGUGAUAUUUCCCUCAAUAGUUUAAAAUUUAAAAUCUCUUUUAGGCAAGUUAGGGCUUUUAUUUUUGAAAUUGAGGUCACCCUCUUCAGAUCGCCAUGCUUGUAUGUAAAUAGAUCUUAUGUUCAAAGUUGAGCAAAAAAGAUUUUAAAAAAUAAUAUCACAUUCACAUAUGCAAUAAACAUGCAAUAUUACUUUACUGCUGGAAAACAUGCUGUGCACAUACAUAUGUAAAUAUGCAGAUAUAUUUUUAAUCUUUAAAAUGCACAGACUUAGCAGGCGGUCGACUUAUCGUCUUUGAUUUCGCUGUUCUAAGUGUACAAAGCUGUUCUGAUGACAUGAGCCAUUUGUCUGGUUUUAUUUCCAGCCGGUGUAGCCCUGUUAGACUUUUUUGAUGUUGUGACUGCCAAUUUUUUUUUAAAUUGUUUCAGUUUUGUAAUGGUUUUAUAUUUUCUUCACUUGUACUGGUAAUGUGUGUUUUAUUGUGAGGAAUGACUUUUCUGUACCAUUGAUUGUCUACAAUGACAUUUCUUGAACAAAAUACCCCAAAACAACGUUGUAUUGAACUGUCUUUAGGAUCUUUAAAGAACAAAAUAAUGUAGUAAGACUGAAAUCAAGAGGAAAAACUAAGUGCUAAGUUUUUUUUUGCAGGUGUAAAGGGAGAAUAUUUCCAUACUUGUUUGGAGUCAGGUCCUGAUGUUCUGUCAUAAUCUUCAGCCCUGAUCUGCCAUUUUGUCUAAAAAUCAACGGGCUUCCAACCCCCUUAACUUAGAUAUGCAGUAUUUAGAUGAAUGCUAUGACACCACUUGAUUCAGUGGGUUAACUACAACAUGGCUUUUGGGAAGCUUGUUUUUUUUUAAAAAAAUCAGAAGAAAUGACAUCAAACAACAUUAAUCAUGGCUUUAUGAAUGUUUUAUUUGUCAUGAUUGCUAUUAUUUAAAGUAUAGAAAUCAAAUGAAGCGGAGCCGCUGCUGCCUGCCUACCAUGAAGAGUUUGGGUUGUUCUGUUUUGUUUUUUUUAAGUCGAUUGGAAUCAGGAAAGUUUUCAGAUUUUGGAGUUAAAGUAAUAAAAUUGAUAAUAUUACACUGCCAAGCUUCUACAUUCUGCUCUUUAUGAAGUGAAUUAGUGAUGAGUCGCCUUCAUGCGUGAAUCAUAACAGCCUAAUUUUACACAUCACCCAUAAUAGUGACAGAAAACCAGACAGAAUAGUGACAGAAAAGAUCGACAAAAAAUAGCAUUCUGUCAAUAUUUUAGACCCUCCCAGAAUUUCACAAAUGAUGUUUUCAGGCGAGCUCAUGUCUUGUUAAGAGGAACCAAGCUCCUCCCGGCUCUUCUGUAGUUUGCACACUGACUUGAAUCAGUCGGAGUCAUAGCGUCUCAUUCUAGUUUAGAUCCCUCCAUACAGUCACUGUAAGCACUAAUGCUUGCCUGGCUUCGUCUGACGCAGGUUUUUUGAAGCCCAUCGCACAUAUUUUUCAGACCAAAGUAGUUGUGCUCAUACUCAAUGUUGCUACAUUUCACCAUUAUGAUGUCAAAAAACAAAAAAAAAAACAAUGACUGUAUCUUAGUGUUGUCUGAAAAUAUCUGAAACAGCAUGCGGAGAUUUGUUUCUCUAGUGAAUACGAGCAUUUUUGAUAGCUCCUUGAUGUAUAAUGUCAACCUGAACUUGUACAGUUAAAGGUAGGGAAACUCUGGGAUAUUUUAAAUCGAUUUAACCUGUAGAGAGACACAUAAGGAGCAGCGGGACGCUGAUCGGCCUGGGUUAAAUCACAGCUAAUCUUAAGCCUAAUCUUUGCUCUGCAACUUUUUGCUGGCAUCACUUCUCUCAGUGUUCAAAACCCCCCAUGAAGCGCACAUACAAGCUGUAUAAUCAUAAAAUGACUCCACAAUGUGGAUGUUACAGUUUGCAGAUGGUUUUUACUUGUGUGCCAUUUUAUUUGGAAUGUACAUGUUGUCGUGUGGUGAAUGUCAGCCAUCCUUGAAUGUUUUCCUUUAAUGCUGACUGACAGUGGGUGAGAGCAGUAACACGAUCUCACACGCCACUUUAAAUUGACAGAAGUACUGUAUCUGCUCAUACUUGCUUUGUAUCGUUACAAAUUAAUCCGAGGAAUGUCAUAACUGUGAGUUACUUGUUGAGUCAUAUCACAUUGUUGUGGCCAAUGCAAAUUACCUAGCACACUCUGAAGCAAACAUUGUUUAAUGAACAAAACAGGCAUUUGUUGUAAGUGCCUCUAUGAGGCCCCUCUAGGCUCUGAUGUCAAUCUAGGAUGCAAACUAGCUAGAUUUAACUAGCUACACCUUUGAAGCAAUGCUUAAUAGGUCAGUGGUUAUUGUUGAAUAUGUACAGAUCUGUAUCUACACAUGUGAAUACAUUAAAGUCAUAUGAAAUUAACAUACCUAUGUAUGAUUUGUGAGUGUGGUGCAGGAAGGUUCAGAACAGCUGAUUCCAUCUGAUUGGAAAAGUGUAAAAUGUACCGUGCCACUUAGAGGUAGAACUCUGGUUCUAUAUGCAUUAGAUCUGUUUGUUUCUUGCACCAUUUCCACAGUUUUUUUUAUGCAUAUUAUUACUGAUUUAGCAGUAGUGACAACAUUUAAGAAAUUCCUCAGUGUUGUUGCUCCUGUGUUGUUCUCUUGGACCAGAACCGGUCCUACAUGGAGUCUCUUAUUGAGUAUAAAUGUACAGUUAAUGUAAAUAUUUCAGAGGUUGCUGCUCUCGUGUCCUGAAGAGGCAUGUAUAAUACAUGUGCAGCUUUGAGAGAAAAAAAAUGCAGACUGCUGCUGGAAGUACGGUCUUGUAUUGUAUUUCUGAGAUAAAGGAGAGACAAUAGUGUCUGAUCAGCUCUGAAUAGUGCGGUGAGAAGACUGACACCAUUGUCUGUCACUAAGACGAUGGUUCACUUCAAUGGAUGCUGUAUAAUUAUCAUGUAAUUUACCAAACUAAUAUAAUGUUGGGAGCAUCAAAGAAAGCAGCUGUCGGUGCUUCUGUUGUAAAAAUGCAUUGAUCAAACAAGUUUACUUUAUCACUAAAGUAUUCCUGCAACUGGCUGUUUAUGCCUAAAUCCAGAGUUUUUAGUGUGAUGAAGGCAGCUCUCUUUUAACCUGCUAGAUCACCAUGGCAACUGAUGCUGCACCGCUAACCUGUUUCAGAGGAGGUUCUGUUCAGAGUUUGGGAUUUAAAUCAGCUGUAAUAACCAGUUCUUUUCCUGAUGAUAUUCUUUAAGUGAAUAUUUUAGAUCUGCAGCGCUGCUGAACAGAGCUGUCCAGUUACAGCAGGCCAGCUGCACGCUUCAUGUUGCCAGGGGGAAUACAAAUGCAUUCAGGUGGUGUUCCUGAAGGUUUUACGCUGCUGGUAUUGUAGUAUUGUAACAUAGCACCAGUUAGAAAAUUGAUCAGCCUGUUGGUAUUUAUCACAGAGAAUAUUCAAUAAUUACCAAUUUCACUUUGAUUUCUCUAAAAUCUGACACGGGUUCCACUUGUCCUUUAAUAUGGGACAGUGUCAGAGCUAAAUGCACUUAUCCUCAUUAUUAAAUGAACGAAGACGAAGAGCUCUAAUGUGCAGCUGUCAUGUGACAAAUCAGCGGCUGCAUUGAGAGUGCACUGAGAGGUGAACUAAAUCUAUAAUGCCUGGCAGUUUUUUUUGUUUGUUUUUUUUCUUUUUACUGGCAUUCCUGUCUUGCAUCAUUUGCAGGAACAGCACUUUUUUUUUUACUGUAAUACAUUUUUGUGCUACUCAUAGCUUUCUGUUGCAACAACCUGUUGACUGAACGGGAAAUUUUGCACAGAAGAAGAGUUAAUUGAACACAUUAAUGGUGUACGACUGUAUCUUGCUACCAGCUUUUCUCAGGAGGAAACAGCAAGUGGACAUACAGAAGAAAGGAGUGAACUGAAGACUACGCAGGACAAACUGAUACAGCUACAACGAUGGAUGAUGCUUGUAUUGUUUGCUGAUGUUUGCUGGUGAAGGGUCUCAUUUCCCAGCAAAUAAAUGCAUGAUGCCAUCACAUGUGAUACAAGAAGUGUUUGGUGUAAAUGUAAGUUUUAAAAAACUGUAUGGAAACAUUUUCUUGAACCUGUGAUGGCAUCAUGUGACCUCCUGAAACUGUCUCAUUGUAUAAUCUUUACCAGCAUAAUAAUCUGUUUUUUAACAUGUGGAAGCUUCCAUGAAUAACACUGAGUAUGUUUGUAUGUGUCCAUCUGUCCAAAGUGUGUUUUUCUCAUGAGGCGUGUAUAUCAUUCAAAUGAAAAUGUCUGCACACACACACGAACACACACACACACGAAACUAACUAACGCCGCAAUCCGCUUUGAAAUGUUUUGUAUAUUUCUGCUGUACUGGUUGAGAGUUGGCAGUGUGGAGAGUGUGGCGCUGCUCAGUUGGCUGGCAGCUUGUGUCAUUCAGUCUGUUGUUUGUUUCUCUAAUAAUGUCAGCUACAAGUUCUACUGUCGCCAUUUCCUGAUUUUUGCUGUUCAAGAAUGUGCCAGCCUUGUGUGUGUGUGUGUGCAUAUCUACAUGAGUAGUAGUUGUUUAAACAUGUGCACUUCAUUCUGACACAGUUAACCUGCAGUUUACAGGUAAUGGUGAUCCCUGAUUACUUUUCCAAAAUGUACACAAUGUUAGAAACACUAUGAAACUGUGCAAAUCUAUUUAACUCCAAUCAGUUUACAGCCAACAUUGGUUUAUGUCUGCCAACCGAUCUAGAUGCAAGUUCUUACUCGUAAUCUUAAGUUUCAUUGUCACUGAUUUUUUUCUUUACAAAUUCUGUUUAUUCCCUGUGAACUUAAUGGCUUUCUGUUCUUGUCUUCACAGUGUUAAGUUUCUAGCAUUCGCCUUCUCUCUAAUGAGGAGUCAGUAACCGGUAAACACAAAUUUGCGGCGGGAGCCACGUAAGCGGACAGGUGUGACACGGAUGGACAGUUUACAGGAGAUCUUUGGGGUGACAAGAGAGACCAGAGGUUAAUCAUGAAUUAAAAAAAAAAAAAAAUCACAUGGUCUGCUCCUCACGUUGUUACCAAAGCAGCCUCUCGGAACUCCGACCACACUUUUUGACAACUGUCUGACUGACCUUUUUCUUUUUUUUUUUCCUUUUUCUUUUUUCUUUUUCUUCCUGACUGAGCAUUGCACUGACACGCUUUUUUUGGGAGAGAAAAGGACUCCUGAUUUACACAUUCCAGAUGACAUCUCUCUGACAACGCUAUACUCGCCAUCUUGUACCAUGACCAACUUCAGCGCCGUCUGCAGUGCUGAGCAACUGAGCAACUUCACAGAGUUUCUGAAACAAAACAAACAUUUAAAAAAAACAACAAAAAAAAAACUUCUUGUCUUCAACUGGACUGAAUGAACAAUGUAGCAUCUCUGCUAACAUAUUGUAGCAUUUGUUGGCUGGGAAAUAACUUGACUUCAAUCCAUCAACAGCUCAAAGAGAGAGGAACUUAUGCAUUCAAGGGAUUCUUCUAGAUGUCAUUUUUUCCUCUUGGGUUCCUUUCCAGUAGAUAGCGAGUACAUGAGAGACAAAGGAUUGGUCUUAACUCAUUAUAGAAAUACUUGACAUUCCAAACAAAAAAAAAAAAAGAAAAAGAAAGAAAAAAAGAGAUGCACAAACAUAUGAGAUCGAUCACAAUUGCACAGUGUUACAACACCCAUGCUAUAUUUCCUCGUUCAAUUUUAGCACUUGUAUAGUACGUUUGCCACUGAACCUAUGUCUUCCAUUCACUUCUAUCAGACUGAAACACUGCCCUCCUCACAAGAUAAUCAAAAACAGCACUAACUCUGAACAAACGAAGCACAGCAAUGUAGCAUCAGCUCAAACAAGUCGCGUUCGGCGUCACCCGAAAUGGUCGGUGGAGACAAAAAAAAAAAGAAAAAAGAAGACGUCUCUUUAUCUCUCAUGUACUGCUGCGGGCUUGACCCGAAAAAUUUCCGUGUGGGAUACCAAAGGUCCUGUAGCAUGCACUUGCUGAAUGACCUUCUGUAGUGUAUUGUAGAUUAGGAGAAAUAUUCCACUGAGGGCGAGGUUUGUACUCGCCCUUGUACUGCCCAUUGUCUUUAAGUCAUUCCUCGAAAAGAACUUUUUAACUGCCACUAACAUCCCAUCCCUAUAUGCACAUUUAAAUAUUUUUUUCCCCAUGUCUGACUGGCACAGCGCUCAGUCAUGAGGAGCAAAAAGACUGACUCAAGGAGGCAAAACAAGCCCUAGAACCUCGUCGCUCGAGGGAUAUCGACCUGCCUAAAUAAUCAUUAAAAAAAAAAAAAAAACAACCCCACCCCAACUACAAGGACUGUUGUUAGUUCACUGCCCAUUACCUGGAAAUUGUCUUAUUUCAAAAGGGACCAAUCACACAAGUAUUAUCCUUCCCUGUAACACAAAAGGCCGACACUGCCAGUAAGGCACAAGACUCCCCAGAUGCAUACUGCCCCCAUCUCUCUCUUGUCCCGCUUGCUGCCAACGACUGCUUCACCGGCAAGUCGACGUCAAGACAAAGAUGGCCCGUCACGGGGAGCCCACAGGGGGUGUAAACGAGAAGAAAAGGACCAAGAGUAGGAGUAAAACGUGGAAGUGUACAAAGAGAACAAAUCUAUAUUUUGAUAAACAAAUCUACAACAUUCUCCAUGACUUUGGAGGAGGAAGUUUCUGAGCAGGAAAAAAAAGGUCGAGUAUGACUGAAAGGACUUUUGAAAAGAAAAAAAAAAAAAAAAGAUGCAAGCGUAAAAAGAAUAUUUGGCAUCAUGAAAUGGAGUCAAAGUCCGAGAAAAGGAUGGAAUAUUCCGUCACGACGGGAUGUGGCGAAGCUGCUCGCCCCGAGAGCACUGGGAAUUUUUCUUUUGUUUUUCUUUUUUUUUCCAAAAGACAAUGAGCAAUGAGAGACUCUCGCCUAUAAAGACACGGGGAUGACAAAGGAUGGACGCUGAGAUAAACAAAUGAAGAAAAAAAAAAAAAAGAUAAUGCAUUUUUGUAACUUUGUUUACCAGCAUGACUACUUUGCAUGACUGUCUUUUCUGCAAGCCCUUAGUUGAAGACAAGGGUGCUAGAGAUACAAAAAAGUAUAUAUAAAAUGAAUUAAAAAAAUGUUAUAUGCAAUUAAUGUUUUAAAAAAGAUUAUAAUGAAAGAGAAGAGCUAUAUUUUGUUUUGAAAAGUUAAAAAAAAUGUGAAUAUUGAAACAUGUAUGUUUGCAAAGUACACCCUGAACUAUGUUUCGUUCGAUGAAAUCUCUCUGCUACUACUGCCCUUCCAUCCCUCAUUUCCAGUGUUUUUGACCUCCGCCAUGGUCGUUUUUAAUUUCAUAAGCAGUAUGUUUUAUAACUCUUGAAUCCACAGCGAUCGUUCAAGACUUUGCCUAUAGCAUCUGCGCAAAGGAUGUUUGUUGUUAAGUCCACGUUUUCCUCCUUGAAAUCAUUUGCACAACUUCCGUAGCAGCAGCAGCAGCAGCAGCAGCAGCAGCCGUUCGAAUCCAACAGCUCUCCAUACCACAACUUGACAGCUUGAUUAGCACUCAUAGUUUCGCUUUUUUUCUUUGGCAAUAAUACAAGAGUUGUCACAUGAUUGUAGCAGGUCAAACGGAGAACCUCGAGUCCCUUCGAGCGUCUUCAAAGCCUCAGUGUUUUUAAAAGAGAUUCAUUAAAAGGCCUUGGAUGAUCCCAUGGCAGGAUUUUGAAGGCAGUUCUGUUCCACUACUAAGUGUCCAAUAAAACUAGGAGAGGUAUUAUAAACAGUCAAGAGAGAUUUCAGGUUUGCAUGGAACCAACUGCCAUUCCAAAGUCUGUAUGUGGUUUUAAGGACUCAGGUGUGUCGAUGGUGUGCGUGGAUGUAGGUGUUUUUUGCUAUUUUCUUUCUAACAUAAUAAAUUCUAGUAUAUAGACGAUACGAUAAUGUGAACACCUCACAGUGACGUGUAAAAAACGCAUGCAUUAUGACUUGAUAAUCUCUCGAUGGGGGGGAACAGAGUCUUGACAUAUCCCCUUUAGCCUCCUGUCAUUGUUCGUCAUGAAUCCAGUCCUGAUAACUUUAAACACUGUGCCGUGUCGUAGAGCAGAAACGUCUUCCUCCGAGAGGCAACCGAAAGCUACUCGCACUCGCAGUGUCAGCACGAGUGCGUAGAGGUGGCUCGUCUUCGUUUGUUUAGGCUUUUUUUUGUUUGUUUUUUUGAAGAUGGUCAGGUCUUUGCAUCUGUCGUUUACCCUCAUCCAGCCGGCUAGUUGGCAGCUCAUUCACAGCACACGACACAAGUCACGUGAGCACCAAUCAAAGAGACCCAGAGCUUCCACAAUGAUGUCAGAACAGGGAGACAGAGAGGAUGAGGAAGUACCAGUGUCCACCAAGGGGAGGGAGAUAAUAACGUAGUAAUAAAAAGCGAAAAGAAUGGAGCGCUCUCCGAUCCUUGGCCUCGGUGUUCCAAGUGAGUUUCAGGCCCCGCUGGUCCGGGGCUCAGCUCAGGCAGCUGAAUGGUCCUCCGUCCAUUCCUCGUACAUUGCAGUUGGAGGCUCGGCAGGCGUGACGUAGACCGAUUCUGUUGAGUCUACGCUGGUUUUACAGGGUCUAGAACUUUUGUCUAUUCGCAAAAACGGUCCAUGGGAUUUUGUUUUUUAGUCCCGUAUCUUUUUUAGAAAACCCAACAAUUUCAGUUCCCAUUUUGGAAAGGCAUUAAGCUACCGCGGCUUCUGAUGGUCAAAGAUGUUUAUGAAUAUUUCAGAGGUUCUAGCGAUGGUGUGCACACUUGCAAAAACUUUGUGCUUCACCCGGCUGUCUUGUGUUUUUAUGGCCAAGUAGUGUCUUUUCUUUUUUCUUUCUUUCUUUUACUUUUCACUGUUGCGUUCGCUUCAUUCUCUACAUUGUGACUGCUCUGCCAAUGCCAGGCUGAAAAAAAAAAAGAGAAAAAAAAGAUGUCUUUCCUUUUUUUCCAAUGCAUAAUACUGCCAUUUGAUUUAGACACGUUGAACAGAAUGAGUUACAAUGUCGAGAGUGCUAAGUCUGUUUUAUUUUCUCGAGUCUGCAAUCUGUUAUAAAAUGUUACAAACGAUUUCAUGUACUAACACUCACACAACCAAAAGAACAAAAAAAUGCUUUACAUGAUAAGUAGGUGCCACUAACGAGUACUAUGUGCAGGGACGCUGUUGUCCUCUGCAGGUGUUUGGACGGUGUCAUGUGGUCCUUGGAUGACACAUCCUCAAUGGCAUCCUGUUUAUUUUCUUUAUAUGCCUGUUUCUGUUCAAUAUGUUUUAUUAUUUUCUUUUAAAACAAAAAGAAAAAAAAAAAAAUUGAGGACACUGUAUGCAAUCCGCACCACGAAUGCCACUGAUGGACACUUAACUGUAUUCUCCCUGAGACACAGAUGUUCUGUCAUCAGUUCAGAUGAUUGCAACCACAUGUGUAGUGGCUUUAUGGCUUUCCAUAGAGUGACCGAGCAAUCACACUAAUCUAAAAGAAAAAAUAAUACUUUAUUUUACAAAUUAAUGAGACCAGAGUUGUUUUAGAGGAAAUGUUAUCAUGCUGAAUAGAUUUUUACUAAUAUACUAAUACAUUAUUUUAAUCAGAAAUAACAUGAUAAGCGACACAUAAAAGUCACACCUAUAUACAUACAUGUAAUAUUACUUAAUGACAUCAUGCAUCCACGUAAGCAUCCCAAAGAUAAAAAGCCCUACGUUCAUUUUACAUGCUAUCAAAUCGUAUAAAACAGACUUAAGUACUAGUCCAUUGUACUGCGGUCUUAGUAGGAGAGUGAAUGGGGAGAGGAGGUGGUCACUGGAGUAUCUGGUUGUGACUUAUGCCGGAUUUUAUUUUUGAAAUGUUGGAACACAAAGAACAAACUCAUCAAGAACUGUAUAAAGUAUAUUUCAAUGGAAUGUUCAUGAUCUAUCUUUUUAUAUUUUGAAGAAAAAAUAGAAACAUAUCAAUAAAGUGUCAUAAUUGAACAUAUUUCUACUAUUGAGACUUAAAAAUGUAUGAAUGUCAAUGCGAUCUAAUGUGAAACUAAUCUCCAUAGCAGCUUGAAUGAAUAACUGAUUAACAGUCAUGAGAUGCUUUUUCAGAGACAUUAAAAAUUGCUUAAAAUCAUUCAAAUCAACUUAAAAAUAAAUGAAAAAGUAACAUCAA